AUGAAUAAUUGGGGAUUGAGGAUCGACAGCCGAUGGAUCCUUAACCCGAAAAUCAUACACCCAAAUCGCAAACUCACCUUAUCGAUUACCGAACUUGGUCAAUUCGUUAACGGUGACAAAACUUCAGCAUCUCAAAGAUUAAAGGCGAUUGAGGUGGCGGUGGCGACGGCAGCGGGGAUUAAAGGCAAAAACAAGAGAAGAGAUGCAAGAUAUAAAGCGGAAAAUCUGGCAGAAAAUAGAAUUAGUAGCAAUAGUAAUGAAGAGGAGGAGGGAGAAGAGUUGCAUACAGAAGAUGGUGGUGAUCGGCACUGGUCUCCGGUGCUAUUGUCGAAAAACUGA